UAUUCAUUCAGACUACUCAAGUGCCGCUAAACUGCUUCUAAACACUCCUAGCCGCUGGUUGCUCCUCCAAAGGUCUGCCAUUUGUCCAUCUACUAAGCUGUGGGCCAGAGAAUAGAAGCUCUUCAUGGAAAUCUCCGGGCGGCGCACCCAGGGAGAUGGCAUCCGACAGUGAAGUGAAGAUGCUACUCAAUUUUGUGAACCUGGCCUCCAGUGACAUCAAAGCUGCUCUGGACAAAUCUGCCCCUUGCCGACGCUCUGUAGAUCACAGAAAGUAUUUGCAGAAACAGCUCAAGAGAUUUUCUCAGAAAUAUUCCCGGCUGCCAAGAUGCUAUCCCAAUAGAUCUGGGGAAUCUCAUCCAAAAAGGGGGCCUGAGGAUGGCCGUUGCCGGACCCCCUCUAAUGGUAGCACUGAGAAGGGCCCAGGAAAUCCAGAAAUGGAAGAGAAUUUUCCUGAAGAGCAGGCCCUUCAAGAGCAAAUCCCAGAGGCCUCCAGGCCAGACCAAGUCCCCAUGAGGAAAAGACAACUGCCUGCUUCCUUCUGGGAAGAACCCCGACCUGCCCAAAGCUAUUCUGGAGGAUUAGAUGGGCUCCCAGUUCAUAGGGAGGUCCCUGCCUAUGAGGGGAAAAAAAGCAAAAAGAGACUUGAGACCUUGGGUUCAGAGACUGCACCUGUACCUGCUUCUCCCAGGGCAGAGAAGGAAUCCCCUAAGGUCCCUUCAGCCUCCCUCAUGGGCCGAAUGAGUGCCUGGAGUUGUUGUCCAUUCCAGUACCAUGGACAACCCAUCUACCAGAGCCCAGGAGGUCUGCCUCAGUCUCCUGUGCCAAGUCUGGGGCUUUGGAGAAAAAGUCCAUCUUCCCCCGGGGAGAUAGGUCAUUUCUGCAAGGAACCUGGUAGUCCAAGCCAGAAAGUUUACAGACCAGUGGUCUUGAAACCCAUCCCCACAAAGCCAGGGGUUCCUCCUCCCAUUUUUAAUGUUUUCAGCUAUAUCUAGCCCCAGGUGAGUGUCCCUUGGAAAGCACUGACCACCGUGAUCUAAUGAAGAUCCUGCCUGGGCUCCUGGAUUCCUGGAAAGGAAGCUUCCCACCAUCCCCUGCAGGGGAGAUGCCCCCCCUGGAAAGGCCAUGAGGAACAUUGAGUGGAUGACUUCUGCAAUAUUCAAGAAAAGCACAUUCAGAGGCCUACUGAGGGUAUUUAAGAUAAUUAUUGUCAUGAGAGGGAAUGGGGAGACGGGAGGAUAAGGGAGGGGGUUAAGACUAUUUUCCCAGACAGCAUCAGUGAGAUUUGGAGCCAGGAUCAAUAAGCCUCUCAUCAACCAGUCAGCAUGUCCGAAGACAAUUGUGAACCAGAUCUAUACUGUAAACAGCUGUUCUAGCAUUUGGGGGGUGGGAGGGGGUGCGGAAGGGAGGGGGGGCUAACUUUUAUCUGAUAGGUGCUCAGGAAGCAACAUUCAUUUCAUUUGGCAAGAAAUGUGUAAGCCAAUCAGUUUUUUUCCUUCCUUGUAAAUAUUAAGAGGGUUAAAAAAAUAAAGCAAAGUAAUUUUUUUUUAGUUUCUACUUCUCAGAUCUUUUUAAAUUGAAUACCAAUUCUGUUAUAUAC